UGCCUCACCUCCUCCUCCGGCGUGACGCGCCUCCAGUCGCGAGCGGCGUCUCAGGUGAGAGGGCGUGGUUUCUGCAGAAGCUCUCCCUCCUGAGUUGGCGCUUUCGGCCGGUGGCUUCGCUGGCUGGCUGCAGAGCGGUCGUCUUUUUCCUUGUCGCUGGUUUGUCCGUCCUAGCGGUGCCAUGGCAGCGCAAGAGAGUCAGGAGUUCGGCAAGGCGGAUUUCGUGCUCCUCGACGCCGUUUCUAUGCCCGAGUUCAUGGCCAACCUCAGGCUGAGGUUUGAAAAGGGACGGAUCUAUACUUUUAUUGGGGAAGUGGUUGUUUCUGUAAACCCUUACAAGAACUUGAAUAUCUAUGGGCGUGACAUGAUCGAACAAUACAAAGGCCGGGAGCUGUAUGAGAGGCCCCCUCAUCUCUUUGCCAUUGCAGAUGCUGCAUACAAAGCCAUGAAGAGGCGUUCAAAGGACACGUGCAUUGUAAUAUCAGGUGAGAGUGGCGCAGGCAAAACCGAAGCAAGUAAAUACAUCAUGCAAUACAUAGCUGCCAUUACUAAUCCAAGCCAGAGAGCCGAGGUUGAAAGGGUGAAGAACAUGCUGCUGAAAUCUAACUGUGUUCUGGAGGCCUUUGGUAAUGCCAAAACCAACCGUAAUGAUAAUUCCAGCCGGUUUGGAAAGUAUAUGGAUAUCAACUUUGAUUUCAAAGGAGAUCCAAUAGGUGGGCACAUCAACAAUUACUUGCUAGAAAAGUCACGGGUGAUUGUUCAGCAGUCAGGAGAGCGGAGCUUUCACUCCUUCUACCAGCUACUCCAAGGAGGUUCUGAGCAGCUUCUACGCUCCUUACAUUUACAUAAGGAUUUAUCUGCAUAUAGCUAUAUUGGUACUGGAGUACAAUUAAAGUGUUCUAUCAGUGAUGGUGCUGACUUCAAAGCUGUUGCUGAUGCUAUGAAAGUAAUUGGAUUUGAACCAGAGGAGAUUCAGACAGUAUACAAAAUUUUAGCAACUAUUCUUCAUUUGGGCAAUUUGAAGUUUUCUUUGGAUGGUGACAUACCAGUCAUUGAAAAUAGCAAGCUCGUAUCUGUCAUUGCAGACCUGUUAUCAACCAAGGCAGACCUGGUGGAGAAGGCCCUGCUUUUUCGAACAGUUGCUACUGGUCGGGAUGUCAUUGAUAAGCAGCAUACAGAGCAAGAAGCCACCUAUGGCAGAAAUGCAUUUGCAAAGGCUAUAUAUGAGCGCCUUUUCUGCUGGAUUGUGAUGCACAUCAAUGAUGUCAUUGAAGUUAAGGACUACAACAGCACAGUUCAUGGGAAAAACACAGUAAUUGGAGUCCUUGAUAUCUAUGGCUUUGAGAUUUUUGACAAUAACAGUUUUGAACAAUUCUGUAUUAAUUACUGCAAUGAGAAGCUACAGCAGCUCUUCAUUCAGCUUGUUUUAAAGCAAGAGCAGGAGGAAUACCAGCGCGAGGGGAUUCCGUGGAAACAUAUUGACUACUUCAACAACCAGAUCAUUGUUGACCUAGUGGAGCAACAGCAUAAAGGAAUCAUUGCCAAUCUGGAUGAUGCGUGCAUGAAUGUUGGAAAAGUCACUGAUGAGAUGUUCUUGGAGACACUUAAUAACAAACUGGGCAAACAUGCUCACUUCUCCAGCAGAAAGCUUUGUGCUAUGGACAAAAACCUGGAAUUUGAUAGAGACUUUCGGAUUAAGCACUACGCUGGAGAUGUUAUCUACUCGGUCACUGGAUUUAUUGAUAAAAACAAGGACACUUUAUUUCAGGAUUUCAAGCGCCUGAUGUAUAACAGUUCCAAUCCUGUGCUGAAAAAGAUGUGGCCAGAAGGCAAACUGAGCAUCACAGAAGUGACAAAACGACCACUGACUGCUGCUACCCUUUUCAAGAACUCAAUGAUUGCUUUAGUGGACAACUUGGCAUCAAAGGAACCGUACUAUGUCCGCUGCGUUAAGCCUAAUGACAAAAAGUCGCCACAGCUAUUUGACGAGGAGCGUUGCAGGCAUCAGGUAGAAUAUCUUGGACUCCUGGAGAAUGUGAGGGUCCGAAGAGCAGGAUUUGCCUAUCGCCAAACAUAUGAGAAGUUCCUUCACAGGUACAAGAUAAUCCCUGAAUUUACUUGGCCAAAUCACAAACUCCCAUCAGACAAGGAGGCUGUAAAAAAACUGAUUGAGCACUGUGGGUUCCAAGAUGAUGUGGCCUAUGGCAAGACUAAGAUUUUCAUCCGCACACCUCGGACGCUUUUUACGUUGGAAGAGCUGCAUGCCCAGAUGCUUGAGUGGGUUGUUCUCUUUCUACAGAAGGUUUGGAGGGGCACACUGGCUCGCCUGCGUUACAAGAGGACCCGAGCUGCCCUCAAGAUCAUCAAGUGCUACCGUCGAUAUAAAGUCAAGUCAUAUAUCUGUGAGGUUGCCCGGCGGUUUCAUAACGUGAAGACUAUGAAAGGUUAUGGCAAGCAUGUAAGAUGGCCCACCCCACCUAAAGUGCUGCGACGGUUUGAAGAGGUCCUACAGGCUAUCUAUUAUAGGUGGAGAGCCCAUGAACUCAUCAGGAGUAUUCCUCCCAAGGAUCUGCCUCAGAUCAGGGCAAAGGUGGCAGCAGUGGAAGUGCUGAAGGGCCACCGAAGUGAUAUUGGGCUCCAGAGAGCCUGGCAGGGCAACUACAUUGCAUUGAAUACAGAUAACCCUCAGGCUGCAGGCUCAUUCAUCCCCAUUGCCAAUGAGUUGAAACGAAAGGACAAGUUCAUGAAAGUUCUCUUCUCGUCUCACGUCCGCAAGAUAAAUCGCUUCAGCAAAGUGGAAGAUCGAGCAAUUUUUAUCACUGACAGACACCUUUAUAAGAUGGACCCUAUAAAACACUACAAAGUGAUGAAAACCAUCCCACUGUACAAUCUGACAGGAUUGAGUGUCUCCAAUGGAAAAGACCAGCUUGUGGUUUUCCAUACAAAAGACAACAAGGACCUAAUUGUCUGCCUCCUCAGCAUGCAUCCAGUCAGUGAAAGCAGGAUUGGAGAGUUGAUUGGAGUCUUGGCAAAUCACUUCAAAAGUGAGAAACGCCGCCUGCAAGUGAGUGUCACCAAUCCAGUCCAGUGUAGCAUGCAUGGUCGGAAAUGCACUGUCUCCGUAGAAACCAGAAUAAACCAAUCGGAACCAAACUUCACCAAGGAUCGGUCAGGCUUCAUCCUCUGUGUGCCUGGAAAUUAGCAUUGCUUCUGCUAGACAAGGGAAGUGGGGAACAAGGCUUCCUCUCAAAACAGCCUUUCAGUCCUCUUGUGCCUUGAAUCUUGCAGUGGGGAGGAGGGUUGUAAAGAUGUUUGUCUCUCAAGCUGCACUGAGCAGGAGCUUAAAAUACUCCCUCCAUUAUGCCUGCUAUAAGUUCAGAACUGGCUUCUGCACCAUGUUGUACCAAAGUGCCUUUUAUUAAUUAUUUUUAUAUCCCUCUGCUAUACUUCUAUUCCUCCCACGCCGUCCUCAUACCUAAGAUUACUGUAUAAUUAAUUAUCAAGGCUCCAUUUGGAGGAACCAAAGCCUUGCAUGAGAGGGAAUAGGAAGGAACAGACCAAACAUUCAUUUUAAAUGGGAUCCAUAUUUGGGGAGAGAUGGGCUUUCCAUAGCACAGGGGCAAGGGUCUGGCAGCAGUUUCCCACUGAGCUUCCCCCAACCCCUUGCAUCUUUUGUUCCAAGGUUACGCCUGAGAGAAUAGUCCCCAACAUCCCUGACCAUAGGCCGUGCUGGCUGGGAGUCCAACAGCAUCAGGAAAGCACCACAUCAGCUACCCCUGUCCUAGAUGAUAUCAUGAAGCAUUAAUCAUCCCACCCAGGAAAGGCAGUUCAGGUUUGGGAUAGGCUGUUUUGCUGCAGUACUUCCUGCAUUGCUGGCAUUGUACUGUAUUCCUAGAUGAGCUCUAGGUUGUUUCCACCUGGGCACUAGCAGACAGGUGGAAAGAGCACCAGCUUUGAAGUAUAUCCCCCUCCCUGACUUGGUACAGAUUCUCCUUAGUGAUGCUGCUGUUUAUGCAAGCGUUGCAGCGGAUUGCUUGGGCCGGUGCAUAACAUGUUUUGUCCGAGCAGCUGGCAUCAUUCUAGCCAGUGUAGCCUUGUAGCUGCCUUUUAACAGUUACACCACUCUCUGUUGGAUAGUAGCACAGCCUUGUUGACAAGCUUUGUUUUCUUCUGUGCCAAAAUAAGGAUGUUUUAUUUGGCACUGAUGGUGAGCGCUUCCAGCAUAUUGAAACACAGGUAGAGAUGCGCUAUUGUGGAGCACUUGAAAAGGGCCCACACCAGAUAAGUAAAAUGCCAGAUGAAUAAAAUAAAUAACCAAGCCUGGCACUGCAGGUCAGGUCAGGCUUCAUCUGCUUGAUGAUUGUUCACAACCCCCUUGCGAGGUAAGGACAAUGAAUGGCUUCAAUAUAUUCAGGUUUCAUAAAGCAUGGGAAUGUAGCCCUUCCUAAAUCAACGUGGAGAAGCAAACUGGUUCCCUCACGGAGAACAAAUUUCCCUCCACCAAGUUGGUAAGGGAAGUCCUUUUUAUACAGUUCCGAGCCAUUCUGGCUAUGCAUCAUAUUUUGAGGGAAGGGGGGGCCUGUGCCUCUGCCCGAGAUGGUUGUGCGUCCAUCUUUGUGGUUCAGCUUCCCAGUGAAGGGGGCCACCAUCUCUGUCCAUUCCUUGCCUGUUCCGUGACUGGCCUGGAUAUUUCAAGAGCUCAGUUUUGUAACAUUUUAAAGUACUUUUCAGUAGAGAUGCCCAGGGGAUGGAGGUAAAUUCUCUUUGAAGUCUUUGACCAGUCCCACAAUACUUACAGCAUAUAUGAAGUCCAUUAUCUUAUCCAGUGUUCAUUCCAAUUAAUGUUGAGCACAUCUGUGCUGAAAGGUAUUCAGGUUGGGCUUCACCCGUCAUUUCUUCUGAAAAGAAAGCUGGCUCUUGACCAGUCUUGCCAACCAGACUGAGUUUGCACCAGAUUCCCUCUAGCCAGUAGCAAAAUGGACCUGUCCCCACACAUCCACCUUCCCUCAAUCCUUUCUCUACUUCUGUUAAUUAGCAGAGAACCUUCCAAGUCUCACUUUCACAGCAGCCAAAUAAGCCAAAUAAGCUUUUUAAUUAGCACUUUUAUAUGGUAUCCCAACAUAAUAGUUGGAUUUGAAUGAUGACAGAAGUCAAUAAAUUGUGUAGUAAGGAAGUCUCUCCAAAUCUGUAAGACUGGCUGUAUCGUAUGUAAUGAAGUAUUUGUCUUGGUUUAUAUGAAUAUACAGUAUUUGUGCCUUUUCUGGUGUGUGAGAGAGAGAUUUUCUUGGAUUUUAUCUAUAAAUUAACUUUUUCUUUAUAUGUUUGAUUUUUAAGCCCGAGGGAAUAAUGUAAUGAACAUUUUAAAAUGUAGUUUAUAUAGAAAUGUGGGCAAGAACUCUUGUUAUAAUUGAAAUGUAUUUUUGUUUACAUAAUUAAUUGCAAUAAAUGAAAGAACUCUCAUUUA